AAGAAGAAGAUAUUGAUCAAACAGGCGUUCUACAUAUAUAUGCAUGCUGAUAGUUAGCCAUGACAUUUCGAUAUCUAUCCUCUGUUUCUUCGUCAAUGACGACAGUCCCCAAGGAUGUCACCGUCGAUCCCGGUCGAUCUCAAAGAACUCAAUUGUUGGCUGCUAUAGUGCUGAGCCUGGCUGCUAUGGUAUCGGCUUUUCUUCUGUAUUUUUGCAUCAAGAGGAUGCACUCAAAGAAAUACAAGAAUACGUUGUCUAUGAGAGAGAUCGGAUUGAGAAGAUUCAGUUUGGGAGAGAUUGAGAAAGCCACCAAGUGUUUCAGUAAAGAGUGUUUGCUUGGUUCGGGAGCGUUUGGAAAUGUUUACAGAGGAAUGUUUGAUGGGGGGAAAAUUCUCGCAAUUAAGAAGGCACAUGUCGAUUCUUAUGAUAGCAUUCUUGAAUUCAAAAAUGAGGUAGAGCUUCUGUGGAGAGUGAAGCAUCCAAACCUUGUGGGCUUGGCUGGCUUCUGCCAAGAAGCUGAUCAGAAGAUACUGGUCUACGAGUAUGUCCCUAAUGGUUGCCUUCUCGAUUACAUUGCUGGGAGACAAAAGAAGCCUCUGACUUGGAUGCAGAGAGUUCACAUUGCCAUUGGCGCUGCUAAAGGCAUAGCUCAUCUCCAUGAAGGUGUUACUCCUAGCAUAAUCCACAGGGACGUGAAACCAAGCAACAUUUUAAUAGGGGAAGGGUUCGGACCCAAGGUUUCGGACUUUGGGCUAGUGAAAUCAGGUCCAGUUGGCGAUGCUUCGCAUGUCAGCAGCCAGAUCAAAGGAACUCCUGGCUAUUUAGACCCUGAAUACUGCUCUAGCUACCAUUUGACUACCUUCAGCGACGUUUACAGUUUUGGAGUGAUACUGUUGCAGCUCAUCUCUGCAAGGCGUGCCGUUGAUCACUCAAGGCCUGCUUCCCAGUAUCACAUCAUUGAUUGGGCGAGGCCUAGUUUGGAUAAAGGUACAGUAGAGGAAAUAAUUGAUGCCGAUCUACUGUUGGAAGCAUGCAACAUGGAAAUGAUGCUUAAGAUGGGGCAACUAGCGCUCAAAUGUGUCGUGAACAAGCCAAAGAACCGACCUACAAUGAACCAAGUGGCUAAAGAACUUGAAGAGGAUUUCAAGCGAUAUGCAGCUCCUGCUAUCAGCAAACAGAUAUCGAAUGUUCAUUGUAAAUCGAUUGCCAGGCAAGAAUCUGCAAGCUCUAUUAGCAUCGACAAUGUUGGACUAGAGAGGUUCAAUAUAGAGGAAGAAGAUGAUAUAUCGAUACGGAGUGUGUCAAUGAGGUGCCUUGACGUGACUUGGAUUGAUAUGAAUCAUAGUGUUUAUGAUGUUGAUCAGAAGAUACUGGUCUACGAGUAUGUCCCUAAUGGUUGCCUUCUCGAUUACAUUGCUGGGAGACAAAAGAAGCCUCUGACUUGGAUGCAGAGAGUUCAUAUUGCCAUUGGCGCUGCUAAAGGCAUAGCUCAUCUCCAUGAAGGUGUUACUCCUAGCAUAAUCCACAGGGACGUGAAACCAAGCAACAUUUUAAUAGGGGAAGGGUUCGGACCCAAGGUUUCGGACUUUGGGCUAGUGAAAUCAGGUCCAGUUGGCGAUGCUUCGCAUGUCAGCAGCCAGAUCAAAGGAACUCCUGGCUAUUUAGACCCUGAAUACUGCUCUAGCUACCAUUUGACUACCUUCAGCGACGUUUACAGUUUUGGAGUGAUACUGUUGCAGCUCAUCUCUGCAAGGCGUGCCGUUGAUCACUCAAGGCCUGCUUCCCAGUAUCACAUCAUUGAUUGGGCGAGGCCUAGUUUGGAUAAAGGUACAGUAGAGGAAAUAAUUGAUGCCGAUCUACUGUUGGAAGCAUGCAACAUGGAAAUGAUGCUUAAGAUGGGGCAACUAGCGCUCAAAUGUGUCGUGAACAAGCCAAAGAACCGACCUACAAUGAACCAAGUGGCUAAAGAACUUGAAGAGGAUUUCAAGCGAUAUGCAGCUCCUGCUAUCAGCAAACAGAUAUCGAAUGUUCAUUGUAAAUCGAUUGCCAGGCAAGAAUCUGCAAGCUCUAUUAGCAUCGACAAUGUUGGACUAGAGAGGUUCAAUAUAGAGGAAGAAGAUGAUAUAUCGAUACGGAGUGUGUCAAUGAGGUGCCUUGACGUGACUUGGAUUGAUAAUUGUGAAAACGGGUCUGUUUUUGGGAUUAAAUGUCCAUAUGAGACGAUUUUGAAAAUUUGUCCGUGA